UGUAUAUCGACAUCUUCAUCGAUCUAUCCACGUUGCCGGGGCUUCCGCAGCUUCCAGCCGCCGCACGUGCCAAGGUACGCUACCCGAACAAGAUUAUUCAAUCUGUCGGCUCCGAGACAGCCGGGCUGGCUUUGGCUCGCUUCAGCUCAAGUCUCCUCUUCAUCACUUUCUGUCUUCUGUCCUUGAAUCCGCCCGCUGACCUGCCUCCGUCCUCGCCUCCAGGUUGAUAUUAUCGGAUCUGUUGCCAUUUAGUCGUUGUGGACCGGAAAUAAGGAACCCGCCACUUUAGGGAGUCUACACACCGUGUAGCUCUUCAGCCGCCUACGUGCUUACUUGCCAGGAAAGCGCGAUAGACAACUCCCAGCGUGCGCCAUCAGCGGUGCUGUGACCUCGUUCGCGUUUACUCAGCAGUUUUCUUGCGAUGCCGCGUCGACCCUCCAGCACUUCUUCCAUCAGCGACCCCUCCGACCCCUCGUCCUAUCCCUCCCCCUCUGGAAAAAGCGGCAUCGCCGUCAAGGCAAAAACCAACCGUCUCGCUCAGUUCUUCUCGACCUCUCCCAAGGCAAAGGCAGAGCCCCAAACUGCGCGAGCUGCCCUCCAGAACGCCAGCGGUACCAAUCCCGCCGCCCCGCCAAUCAGCUCUGCCUCACUGUCCUUACCGACCAUCUCGCUUUCUACUGCGACUGCGGACAACCCAAACAUGAACGAACCGCCUACCACGCUCUUUCAACCUCCGUCACCGGAGGAGGCUCGCCGUCUGGCCAAGCAACAUGCCCAGUUCGGGCCCCUCGGUCAUCCGAGCCAUCGGUAUUCCAGCCGGCAUCCCGGCGGACAUUUCCCCGAGCCUGUGAUGGACGAGCCUCCCUAUUAUUAUUUGAUUACCACGUAUAUUAGUUACUUGAUCCUAAUUGCUUUUGGUCACGUCCGUGAUUUCUUCGGAAAACGCUUCCGCGAGGAGAAUUAUCGUCACCUGAAGCCACGGAAUGGCUAUGCGGCCCUCAACAGCGAUUUCGAUAACUUCUACGUUCGUCGCCUCAAGCUUCGUAUCAACGAUUGCUUUGAGCGGCCUGUCACUGGUGUUCCCGGAAGAAACAUCACCCUCAUCGACCGAGCGACGGAUGACCACAACAAGACCUUUUACUUAACUGGCACUACGACCGACACGCUGAACCUGAGCUCCUACAACUACCUCGGGUUCGCUCAAUCGGAAGGCCCCUGUGCGGAUAUUACGGAAGAGGCCGUUCGCAAGUAUGGCAUUACGCCUGUGAGCACACGUGCAGAGGUCGGUACACAGGACCUGCACAUCGAGGUCGAGGAUCUCGUCGCCAACUUUGUUGGCAAGGAAGCGUCCAUGGUCUUUUCGAUGGGCUUCGGUACCAAUGCAAACAUCUUCCCUGCUCUCGUUGGCAAAGGUGACUUGCUUAUCUCCGAUGAGCUUAACCACGCUUCCAUCCGCUUCGGUGCACGUCUAUCUGGAGCUUCCAUUGCCAUGUUCAAGCACAACGACAUGCGUGAUCUAGAGUCAAAACUGCGAGAAGCCAUCAGCCAGGGUCAGCCCCGUACUCACCGACCAUGGAAGAAGAUCCUCGUCGUUGUCGAAGGUCUCUACUCUAUGGAAGGCUCGAUGUGCAAUCUUCCCGGUCUCAUUGCCCUCAAAAAGCGUUACAAGUUCUACCUCUUUGUCGACGAAGCACACUCUGUCGGAGCCAUCGGACCCAAUGGCCGCGGUGUUUGCGAUUACUUUGGCGUCGACACCAAGGACGUCGAUGUUCUCAUGGGUACAUUGACCAAGUCAUUUGGUGCUAAUGGCGGCUACAUUGCUGCCGAUACGUCGAUGAUUCACAAGCUCAAGGCAAUCAACUCUGGCAUGUUCUAUGGAGAAUCAACAGCCCCCGCUGUUAUCGCGCAAAUUGUCUCGGCACUCCGACUCAUCAAAGGUGAACUCAUUCCAGGCCAGGGUGAGGAGCGACUGCAGCGUUUGGCCUUCAACUCUCGAUACCUUCGUCUUGGGUUGAAGCGUCUUGGCUUUAUAGUGUACGGUCACGACGAUUCGCCUAUUAUCCCUGUUCUCCUCUUCAACCCUGCCAAGAUGCCGGCCUUCUCCCACGAAAUGCUGAAACGAAAGAUCUCCGUUGUCAUUGUCGGCUACCCUGCGACGCCUCUGGUUUCCUCGCGUGCUCGAUUCUGUGUCUCGGCCGCUCACACCAAAGAGGACCUUGACCGUAUCCUGACAGCUUGCGACGAGAUCGGAAACAUUCUCCAGCUCAAGUUCUCCACCGGAGUCGCCGGCGGUGCUAUUCCCUUGACCGAUGACAUGGCGCCCCCUCCGGAGAAGGAAGUCCAGUGGCAGCAGAAGCGGAACCCGAUAAUUGUCCCUCCCAGGUGGCGCAUAGAGGACGUCAUUAGGCGUGGUGUCCAAGAUGUCAAGUCACCUCUGUUCUAAGUGGACACUCUUCGGAAUGCUUGGCAUCAUCAUCAUAAUGACCCAUUUUGCUAUGUCGAUUCAUGCCCUCAUGGUAAACUUGGCGCUGCGGUUCAUGCAUCUAGGGGAAGUCUUCGGUGGCGUUUUUGAUGCGCUCGGUUGAUGCUGGUCAUGCCGCCUCGCGUCGCGUCGAACGGA